AUGCCCAGAACUUUUGUCCAGACCAUGGAGUCUCCUAAUGACACUAACCUGGACCCUUCUGUUUUCUUCCUCUUGGGCGUCCCAGGUCUGGAACAGUUCCACCUCUGGCUCUCACUCCCUGUGUGCUGCCUGAGCACAGCCACAGUUGUGGGCAACAUCACCAUCUUGGUUGUUGUUGCCACCGAGCCAGCCCUGCACAAGCCUGUGUACCUGUUCCUGUGCAUGCUCUCAACCAUUGACUUGGCUGCCUCCUUCUCCACAGUUCCCAAACUACUGGCCAUCCUCUGGUGUGCAGCUGGACACAUCUCAGCCUCUGCUUGCCUUGCACAGAUGUUCUUCAUUCAUGCUUUCUGCAUGAUGGAGUCCACUGUGCUGCUGGCCAUGGCCUUUGAUCGCUAUGUGGCCAUUUGUCACCCACUCCGCUAUGCCACUAUUCUCACUGACACCAUCAUUGCCCGCAUUGGAGUGGUAGCUAUGGUGCGGGGCUCCAUGCUCAUGCUCCCAUGUCCCUUCCUCAUUGGGCGUUUGAGCUUCUGCCAAAGCCAUGUCAUUCCACAUACAUACUGUGAACACAUGGCUGUUGUGAAGCUAGCAUGUGGAGACACCAGGCCUAACCGUGUGUAUGGGCUGACAGCAGCACUUUUGGUCAUUGGAGUUGACUUGUUCUGCAUUGGUCUCUCCUAUGUCUUUAUUGCAAGAUCUGUCCUUCGUCUCUCAUCCCAUGAAGCUCGGUCCAAGGCCCUGGGGACUUGUGGUUCCCAUGUCUGUGUCAUCCUAAUCUCUUAUACACCAGCCCUCUUCUCCUUCUUUACCCAUCGCUUUGGCCACCACGUUCCACUCCAUAUUCACAUUCUUUUGGCCAAUGUCUAUCUACUCUUCCCACCUGCUCUUAACCCUAUAGUAUAUGGAGUUAAGACCAAAGAAAUCCGGGAAAAGGUUGUCAGAGUGUUUCAAAGGGGUCAGGGAAUUGGGGUCAAGGUACCUGAGUGAUCCAGUAGUAUAGAAGGGACUUCAUCCAGAAGAAAAGAUUUUCAAGAAACAGCCUUCAAUAUUUGAGACUGGUAAGAGGUUUUAAUAUGGCACUGAUAUCCU